AUGGCUACUCCCUCGCUCUGCUUCGUCUUCAGUCUCCUUUUUUUCUCCGCCACCGUAGCACCCGCCGAACGGAUCGAUCGUGAAGAUGACCUUCUGAUCCGUCAAGUGGUGUCGGACGCGGAUGACCACCUGCUUAACUCUGAGCACCACUUCUCCGUCUUCAAGAGCAAGUUCGCCAAGACCUACGCCACGCAGGAGGAGCACGACUACCGCUUCAGCGUCUUCAAGAACAACUUACUCCGAGCGAAGUCGCACCAGAAGCUGGACCCCUCCGCCGUCCACGGCGUCACAAGGUUUUCCGAUCUCACACCGGCGGAGUUCCGCCGCCAGUUUCUGGGCCUGAGGCCGCUCCGUCUUCCCUCCGAUGCUCAGAAGGCUCCGAUUCUGCCGACCAACGACCUCCCUAGCGAUUUCGAUUGGCGCGACCAUGGAGCCGUAACUGGCGUCAAGAAUCAAGGUUCGUGCGGAUCGUGUUGGUCGUUUAGCGCCGUGGGAGCGUUGGAAGGUGCUCAUUUUCUUUCGACCGGUGAGCUCGUGAGCCUUAGCGAACAACAACUCGUGGAUUGUGAUCACGAGUGUGAUCCGGAAGAGCGUGGAGCAUGUGACUCUGGUUGUAACGGUGGGUUGAUGACCACCGCAUUUGAGUACUCACUCAAGGCUGGUGGAGUAAUGCGAGAAAAGGAUUAUCCUUACACUGGAAGAGACCGUGGACCCUGCAAAUUUGACAAGAGCAAAAUCGCUGCUUCUGUAGCUAAUUUCAGCGUGGUUUCCCUGAACGAAGAACAAAUUGCUGCUAAUCUGGUGAAGAAUGGUCCUCUUGCAGUUGGUAUCAAUGCAGUUUUUAUGCAGACAUAUAUUGGUGGCGUCUCAUGCCCAUACAUCUGUGGCAAGCAUUUGGAUCAUGGAGUUCUUCUGGUGGGCUAUGGUGCUGGUGCUUAUGCACCAAUUCGGUUCAAGGAAAAGCCUUACUGGAUCAUAAAGAAUUCAUGGGGGGAGAACUGGGGAGAAAACGGAUAUUACAAGAUCUGCAGAGGUCACAAUGUAUGUGGGGUGGACUCUAUGGUCUCAACUGUAGCUGCGGUACAUAUUUCUAACCAUUAA